AUGGUCAAUGAUUUAAUCAACCAUGCCUAUGCAAUGAAGGCUCCAAAAAAACUCCCAGGAGAGGUUCGGAGAGCUUCCAAGUUGGUGCACCUGGAGCUGCCUCAAAUCCUUGGGAAUUUCAGAGUGACUGAGACUUCUGAAGCUGUUCCAAAUUUUGAAGAGAUGUUUGCCAGCAGAUUCACAGAAGAUGACAAAGAAUACCGAGAAUACCUGAAACACCCUCUGGAGUCUCCUCUGAUUGUUGAGGAAUGGAAUAGCAGAGCUGGUGGCAAUCUGACAAACAGACGAAAUCGGUUGUAAGAUAAUAGACAGUUUAGAGGUAGGGAUAGCAGAUGGGGGUGGCCAAGAGACAACUGAUCCAAUCAAUGGCAUGGAUGAUCCUGGGGUAACAACUACCCACAGCACAGACAAGAACCUUACUACCCCCAUCAAUAUGGACACUAUGGUUACAACCAAAGGCCUCCCUGUGGCUACACUAAUAGAAGUGUCAGCAAGUUUUAG